AUGUCUACAAUCGCCAAUAAGAGGGCUGGCGAUGGGUCCAAUGCAGCCAGCGCUGCCGUUACAAAUGCUGCUACUGCCGCUGAUUCUGCGGCGACUGCGGCUUCUGCUGCUGCGAGCACGGCUGCUGCAACAGAGACGAGCGCGACCCCAGCCGAAACCUCUGCGACCCCAACAUCUACUAGUGAAACAUCUUCUUCCACUACUUCGUCGACCUCGAGCACAAGUUCAGAACCAGCAACUACUUCGACCCCAUCUACUUCAUCUGAAUCCAGUACAUCGACCACCCCAAGCUCAACCUCUACGACUAGUACGCCCGAUUCCACCACUUCGACUACCCCGACAAGUACAACUAGUGAAUCUUCUACCAGCAGCGAGUCAUCGACUACUUCUGAGGCCGUCCAAACAACCGUCGUCUAUAUGACUUCGACAGCAUCCGGUGGAGCUGUGACGACUGCAUCUUCUACAAUCAGCCCCGAUGGCGCGGGAUUAUCGACUUCAACUGGUGCAGCUGGCAGUGGAGGUGGCAGCCAUGGUCUAUCCGCUAGCGGCACUAUUGCCGUUGCAGUAGUUGUGCCAGUGGUUUCCGUGGCUCUGAUCGCCCUCGCGGCAAUCUUCUUCUGGCGUAAGCGUAAUGCCAAGAAGGCAGCUGAGGAGGAGCGUCGCAAGGAAGUGGAAGAAUAUGGUUAUAAUCCCAACAACGAUCCUACAUUCCCUGGUAUUGCAGGCGGCAGUGUCGCAGCUAAGGAUGAUACCUCGUCUGGUUACCGUGGCUGGGGAACAACAUCAGCGGGCCGCAAGGCCUCCACCAACCUCUCCAGCGGAAUGGGGGGCAUGGCUAUGUCCGAAGGCAGUGGCGGUUACCACCACGGUGCCACACCCAGCGAGGGCACUGUUCAAUACUCCGAUGGCGUUAGACCUGACUCCGGAGAGAUCGUUGAACCUGUUGGUGUCCUUGGUGCGGUUCCUGUUUCAGCCAAUAACCGUAAUGGAGACAUUCACCGUGGACCAUCGAAUGCUUCGUCCGCUUACUCUGCUGCGAACCACUCAGAAGCGUCUGAGGAAAGCCACAUGUCUGCUGCUCACCCAUCUGGCGGAUACUAUGGGGAAAACCCUUACUAUGGAGAGAUGACUGGACACGGUGCAUACGGCGAUGAUUCGUAUCAGCCCGUGAUUCGGGAUGUGACAGCUCGUCGCAACACCCGUAUUGAGAACCCAGGUGUAUACCCUCGAUCAGGGAACGCUGGAAUUGCUCAAAAUUUCUAA